UCACCUUCUCCGGCCUUCUCUCCUCCACCUGAUCGAGCUUGCCAACCCAGCCAAAGCUUCCUGCCUCCCUAGCAAUGGCGAGGCAAGCCAUGACGAACGGGUUCCUCAGCUGCUUCAUGCAUGUGGGGCUGGCGCUGGUGCUUCUCGCCUACCUCCCCGUCGCCUUCGUCUGCCGCCUCGUUUACAGGCUGCUGGUCAGGCCCUUCGUCUCCGGCGAGGACCUCCGCGGCAAGGUCGUUCUCGUCACCGGCGCUUCCUCCGGCAUCGGCGAGCACCUGGUGUACGAGUACGCGAGGAAGGGCGCAUGUGUGGCGCUGGUAGCUCGGACGGAGAUCGCCCUGCGAGCCGUGGCCAAGACGGCGCGCGAGCUCGGCGCGCCGGAUACGCUGGUGGUGCCGGCCGACAUCACCAACGUCGACGAGGCCAAGCGGGCUGUCGAGGAGACUGUCGCGCACUUCGGAAAAUUGAAUCACCUGGUGGCAAACGCAGGAGUGUGGUCCAGCUGCUUCUUCGAGGAGAUCACGAACAUAACGGCCUUCCACGGCGUCAUUGACCUCAACUUCUGGGGCGCGGUGUACCCGACAUACUUCGCUUUGCCCUACCUGAAAGCCAGCCGUGGCAACAUCGUGGUCACGUCCUCGAUCGCCGGCAGAGUCCCAGUGGCUAGGAUGAGCUUCUACAACGCAAGCAAAGGCGCGGUGAUACGGUUCUAUGAGACGUUGAGGUCGGAGCUCGGGUCGCAUGUACGCAUCACCAUCCUUAUGCCGGGUUACGUGGAAUCCAACCUCACUAUGGGCAAGGGCAUCCAGAAGGACGGCAAUGUCGGCAUCGACGAGGAAGCCCGCGAUAUAAAUGUGGGGCCUUUUCCUGUCGGGAAGACAGAGACGUUGGCGGAGGUGGUGGUGGCGAGUGUGCGGCGGGGCGACGACUACGUCACUUGGCCGGGGUGGUAUUGGCCAUUCCACAUGAUGAUGUGUGCUGCGCCGGAGGUCGUCGACUGGUUCUCCCGAGCGUUCUACGUCUCCAAGUCCGGCGACAAGGACGGUGACACCCUCAGCAAGAAGGUUCUUAUGGCGUUCGGUGGCAAGAAGUCCUCUUUGUACCAGCCAGAGACCAUCCACUCCCAAGUCAUGAACAAAAACUAGCCAUGAAGAAUGUAUGCACGGGUCUGUUAAGCAAGAAGUUAUCAUUACUAUUAAAUGAAAGUUGGAAAUGAUGAGUUGUCCUUUA